AUGUCACAUCCACCAGAAUACGCCCCAACGGCUUCAACAUCAUUCACCAUCUCUUCAAAAUCAACCCAAUUCAACCAAGAAAUAACCCGCUCAUCAUUAAUCAAAUCACCAUCAAAUAAACCAGUUUAUAACUCAUUAGCUGAAAUCAGUUCAAUAUUAACGUCAAUUGAAAUGUUGGAGAAUUCAUUCUUGAAAGAUUACACUACUGAUAAGGAGAAGUAUACAUCAACAGCGUAUCGACUAAUUUACCAGUAUCAAAUUAUAAUAAAGGGGUUCGAUGAAUCGAAAUUGCCCGUGUUGAAGAGUUUAUUCUCCAAUUUGAAUCCUGAUUUAUCAAAUUUUUUGGCAUUAUUUACUUCCAAAUUUAAUAUAAAUUGUCCACAAGCAGUGAAUCGACUACUAAGUGGAGUACCGUCAACAAUUGAUCAUCUAGCAAUAUCCACGAGUGGAGGUGGAGCUGCAGCAAAUGCCGCCACAGCAAACGCCACCGCUACCACUAGAGCCAAUGCUAGAUUGAUUGCUGAGAUUACCGGAAAUUUUAUCACGUGUAUGGAUGCAGUGAAGCUCAACUACAAGACUAGGGAUCAAUUGCAUCCGUUAUUGAGUGAUUUAGUGGUGAAUUUAAAUGAGUUUAAUGAAACAAUUGAGUUUAAUGGGAAAUCAAAAUUGAUCAACUGGCUAAUUAAGAUUAACAAUUUGGAAAAGGAACUUUCACAAGAGGAUUCAGAUUUGUUUUUGAAUGAUUUGGAUACUGCGUACAAAGGGUUUUACGAAUCAUUGGAAAACCAUUAA